AUGCAAAGUCAACCCGACUAUCCUAUUUCCCCUAAUCUUCGGCAGUAUCCUCGUCGACACUUCCACCUCCCGACGGACAUUACCUUGACCCAUGACAAACGCCUCCCGUUUGCGAAAUGGGUCAGCAAAGUGGACUCCAAGCGCAAGAUGUCUAUGAAUGCCAUAGCCCCUACAUCAGUUACGCGUUGUCACCUAUCCACGCUGAAUCCGAGACUACAUUUAACCUUGUUAGAUGGCAGCCCUGAUAUAGAAGUAUAUAGUAUGAGUUGCGUAAUCUACGGGAUUUGCCAUUCUGAUCCACGUCCUCCGUGGGCUAUGGGGUGGGGACUGUCAACAUCGGGCUGUUGUAUCAUUGGUUCUGACGGAAGUUUAAUAUGGAGAUUGAAGUGA